AAAAAUGGAAGAAGAAUUAAAAUGCCCCCAAUGUCGUCACUUUCUUCGCCAACCCGUUCUUCUCCCUUGUGGACAUAGUUAUUGCCGUGAUUGUGUUCUUCUAUUGAAACAACAAAGGAGAAAUGAAGGGUUAUUGUUGCCCUCUCUUCCUCCUCUGCCACAACCUAAUUUAUGCAGCAGUUCUAUAGUUCCUUCCUUUUCUUCUUCAUCUUCAGCGCCUUCAAGCUCAUGUGCUUCUGACACUCUCUCAUUAGCCCCGUCAUGUUGUGAUGAGGGUGAUCACUCCUCCGCACCAGACGAUAAAUUGGACAAACUGUCACUUCUUAGUGACUCAGCCGACUCUGGGUUUGGUGGUGGAGUGUUCCGUGCUGUGGCAGUUGGCUCUCGUCCAAACAGUUUCCUUUCAACAACCGGUCAUCACCUUCCUCGCCCUCUCCCUCCACUUCCCUGUUCAAUUCUUUCUCCAUCUUCUGCCAGUACAACAUUUUUACUUCAAUGCCUAGUUUGUCACAAACCAGCAUAUUUUGCCGAUGAAGAAGAUGCCAUUAGACGAUUACCAGAAAAUGCAACAAUUGCUAGAUUAUUAGUUAAAUAUUUGCAACAAAAACAGGCGACGAUUCCUGCUGAAGAAGGGAAAAUAACUACAACGAAUAAUACUGUAGUUGAACCUGUACCUGAAUGCCAGGCAAAAUUUUUUUUAUUUUGA